ACCAUGGCUGGUGCACCGUUGAGUCUGGGCACACAAAUCUGUGAAGAACUGUCCUGCAGCAUCUGCCUGGAGCUGUUCACCAGGCCCAAGAUGCUGCCCUGUCAGCACACCUUCUGUCAGGACUGUCUACAGGACCAUGUAGAGAGGGGAGGGACCUUCCUGUGCCCAAACUGUCGUUGGCAGGUCAGGCUGCCACCCCAGGGGGUUGCAGGUUUACCAGACAAUAUCAUGGCGACAAAUAUGUGUGAAAGAUUCCAACAGCAGAAUGCACUGUCAGGGGAAACAAGGGAACAACCCGAAUCUGGAAACAGGUGCAGCGUUCACCCUUCUGAAGAGCUCAAAGUGUACUGUACACAAUGCCAGAUACCAGUUUGUGAUCAGUGUUUAGAACAGGGUCAUGAUGAUCAUCGAACAACAUCUAUCAAAAAAGCUGCACAGGAAAGGAUCUCUACGGUCCGACCAUUGAUCAAUGAGGGGAGGAACAUUGUGGAAAGUUACUUAAGCUUUCUCAGAGGUCUGAGGGAAGAAGAGAAAACCCUGAAUGAGAAGAAAGAGCAGAGAGACAACAGCAUCACUCAGGCCUACAACCAAACUGUGCAGAAACUCACCCAGAGAAAAGACCACCUCUUGUCUCAAUCAGACGAAAACCACACAAAAAACUUGGACAGAAUACAGACUGAAAGAGACAGAGUGUUGGCAGAUAUCAAAGAGCUGUCUGCUGCCUGUGAUCGAGCAGAACAAGAACUGCAGCAGGGAUGGGUUGAGUUUUUCAGUCAGCAAACCGCUUUGACAGAGGUGGUAGGAGAGUACAGACGAAAAGCAGCACCAACACCUGUACAACUCCAGCCUGCUGUCUUUCAGCGCACAGACACCCCCGUGCCAGCAUUGGGACAUGUGACAGUUCAGUCUCUUCCAUCUGCACCAAUCCCAGCAGCACCUGCAGCAAGGGGCACAGGUCAUCACCAUGGUGACCAAAGGCAAGGGGAGCAUCAGCCUCAAAAGGUGACAUUUGGUGAACGGAGAUCAAGAACAGGACAGUUUCGGGUUCCAUGGGGUGUCACAGUGUCAGAUGAAGGGGAGAUAUUUGUAACAGACAAUGGUGACGAGAGAAUCCAAGUCUUCACCCUGCAGGGAACGUUUGUUCGACAGUUCCGAACAGUCGUGUCAGGUGAAGAGAAGAUGGGUCCAUGGGAUGUGGCCCUGGACAGGGAGGGGAACCUGUGGGUGGUGGGGAGAACAGGGGAUGGUGAGUUUGCUAUGCAGUACAACAAACAUGGCAGAGUGCUGAGGAAGAUUGACCUACAGAAGUCAGGGUGGUUUAGGGGAGUUGCCGUGGACACCAGGAGGAACUGGAUCCUCAUCACACAAACCACAGGAGCCGGCUGGUAUAACCAACAUGGUGAAAUACAGGUGUUCAGGCCAGAUGGAACACUGGUGGGAACCCUGAGUGGGAAAAGGAAGAGCUUGCUUGCAUCACUAUUAUCAAGGCAGCAGGAGAUGACAUUUCCACUGUACAUCACAGUGGAUGGGGAAGGGAACAUUCUUGUGUCAGACUGGGACAAUCACUGUGUCUAUGUGUACAACGAGAACGGACAGUUCCAGUUUGGAGGCAGGGGAAGUGGUGAAGGUCAGCUGAAGAAUCCCCAUGGCAUCUGUACAGACAGGGCAGGUAACAUCAUCGUGGCAGACACGGGAAACAGGCGCGUGGAGAUGUUUGACAAGACAAGAAAAUUCCUCAAACACAUCAAUACAGACUUGAAGGAGCCAUGGGCUGUUGCCAUGGCAAAACAGGGACAGCUGGUAAUAACUGAUUAUUCAGAUGACAGUGUAAGCAUAUUUCAAAACUUCUGA